GAUCAGGUCCACCAAUAGUUGUACGAAUAAAUCACCGCAUGGAGCAGGAAUGACUCGUAAUUUUGCAUUUGCCUAGUAGCUGUUCUGAUGAUGAUAACUAAGUAAAAACCAGAACGGUGAAUACUGUCGAAAAACCCGGUAAUUGUACUGAUGAUUUCUAUUGAUUAGGAAGUGCUAUGAUGUGAUACACAAAGUCGUUCAAAGUUGAUCAUUCCUACGUUUCCAACGGCCGGCUCAAAACGCUACCUAACGGCCAACUUAUGUACAUUUUAUCGACAUCUGUUGAAAAUUUGUUACAUUAUCAGUGGAAGGCUAUGCUUUCAAACCUUUCAAAAGAGUUGGAUGUACAAUCUGUGUAUCAUCAAAGCAAUGCGCCAGUAAGUUCAACAUGGUGGAAGAAGUGAAGGUUGUUUUAAAGCGAAGUGAGACUUGUGGUUUAGGAUUCUCUCUACUUGGAACAGCUGGAUUACCACCCAUCAUCUAUGAAAUCACAGAGAACUCACCGGCAGCCGAAAGUGGAGAGGUCGAGGCUGGUGACGUAAUAUUAAAAGUUAAUGAGACUGACGUCAAUAGAUUCAGCACGAAAGAAGUUUUAAAAUGUCUUCGAUUAUCUGGCGAUCCUGUCACAUUGAAACUGAAACGAGAUCCUGUGAUAAAAGCACGUGUACGUCACUAUUUGUCAUCACCUCAACACCUAGAGGAGGACUUAACUGAAUUUAUUUCAAGGGAACAUCAAAACCUUUGUAAUAACAGUAUUGUCUCAUCAGCACCUACGCCUUCUAGUAAUCGGAAACCUCAGCAAGAACAGCAAGAGCCUUUAUUGUCGAGUUCCUCACCUCUGUCAGAUACCAGCAGUGGUCACACGGGAGACAACCAAUUCCAGUCACCAUCAUCUCCACAGCAAACAACAAGCAAUGGAACUUGCAGUUAUGCAGCAUGUACAGAGCUUGAAGCACUUCUUCCUACAGGAACACAAGGUGGCGGCAGUUCCAUCGAUAGUUUCGAAGAAGGUGAAAGACUUCAGUGGGAACCUCUUUUGGGUAGUGAUAAAUUCUCAAGGCCACGUCCUCCUCGGUUUGAAGCGUUCAUGAUGACCGGAGACUUGAUUCUCAACCUGUCCCGAACUCAACAAAGUUGUGGGUUACUACCCAAGCAUCAAAAAAAAGUAGACAGUUUAAGGUAUCAUCACCACCACCAUCAUCGCUACAAUCAUCACCAUCAUCAUAAUUCAGUACCAACAAGCCCAAACGAGAUGGAGAUGGGCCACAGAAAUCAUCACUAUAAAUCGGUAUCUGCACCACCAGGAGGAACAACUUCAGCGGGGACUUCUCCUGUUGGCAUCAACAAACGAGACAAUAGUGUAUGUAACCAGCCAAGUUGUACCGCGUCUUCCUCAAAUCCAGAUACCAAAAGUUCAUCGUCUGCAUCUGCGUUUCCGUAUCACCACGCAAUCAGUGGCUUUGUGAGAACAUCUCGAUCAGAAGACCAUCUCCAGUUUCAGAAAGAUUCUUCCAUGAGUGCUGUUGAUAUAGACAUUGAUGAGGAUGUGACAUCUUCCCUUAACACACUGCUGGAUACAAGGCAGGAUAGUGGUGGAAGCAGCAAUCAUAUAGCCCAUCCUUCAUCAGGGGUUGCUGAUGCAACAGGGACUACUGGUAACAGUGACCGCAUAGUCUGGACGUACAAUGCUCCUAUUGCCUCAUCACCUUCUAACUCUGGCUCUGAUAACUCAUGCUGUGGGGGACUUUCCUCAGUGGCAUCCAGGUCAGGGUCUUCCGCUGCUUCCAGAUCUGCUUCCUGUACAUCCUCAGAGGGUAUCAGCCCCCAGAGAUCGUUGUCUCCAGCCUCUCCAACAUCAGUAUCCUCAUCAGUAAUGUCAAGUAAUUCCAGCUCACGGAAGAUCCCACUUCUUGUCACUGGAGCAGCACCUGGACCUGCAGUAGACUCCAUAUCAUACCUCCAACAACCUAAUGGAGAUCUGAGCCAAUCAGAAGCAAUUUCCAACAUCUCAAGUCCAGAUUUCCAGGAAGAAGAGACGUUAGAUAUCCUUAGCACAAGAGAUCUGAUGGAAGUGAGUGAUCCUAGUGACAGUGAUUCAACGUUAUUAGUUAGUGAUCGGACUCCAGCAGUAACUGCAAUGAAUAAUAGUAAUGCCCAGCAAUUACAUCACCUUAAUAACAAUAAGAACCAGAAUUCGUCUGUUUUGUCAGACGGUGCGCAUCUGCAUAGUAAUAUGGUUGGGCAAGGUUCUGCUGAACACAGGAUUGUUAUUCAGGUGAAGGGACCAGAUAAGGACGGCAGUGGGCUGAGUGCACCCAUUAGUCCUAGAGGGUCUAGGAGAACACAUCGAGGGGGGGCUGUGCCUCCACUGGCAAGUAGAGAAGCGGAUUUGAUGUACAGUGCACUCUCUGCUCAACAACCUUCGAGAUCACCCUCAAGUCAGAGCUCAGGGAAUGUCGCACCAGAGCUCGUUGGAUAUCAGUUGCCUUAUAAACACCAGGAGCUGCGUGAAUCAGAGGAUGAAUUGCCAACAUUGAGUGAGGAUGCAGUACUGCAUGCAGCCAUGUCAGGAGGAGGAAAGGCUACAUCCCCUCCCUUAUCAUCAGAAGAUGAAAGUGACAUCGAGAGUCUGCACAGUUUCCACUACAGCCCGAAGGCAGUGGACAUUCCUUCAGCAAUUCGCCUUGCCAAGAGACUUUUUUUGCUUGAUGGCUUCAAAAAGUCUGAUGUUUCUAGACAUCUCAGCAAAAACAAUGACUUCAGUCGUGUGGUGGCAGAAGAAUACCUCAAGUACUUCAGUUUCGAAGGUGACACCCUUGAUGUUGCGCUGCGUAAAUUCCUCAAACAGUUCAGCCUCACAGGAGAGACUCAGGAGAGAGAGCGAGUUCUGGUUCACUUCUCAAAACAUUACCUAGAUUGUAAUCCAGGCACUUUCAAUUCACAAGAUGCUGUCCACACGCUCACAUGUGCCAUCAUGCUUCUGAACACUGAUCUGCAUGGGCAAAAUAUUGGACGCAAGAUGACAUGCUCAGAAUUCAUAGAAAAUCUGGCAGAGUUGAAUGAUGGUGACAAUUUUCCCCGUGAGGUGCUGAAACAACUUUACCAGGCUAUCAAGGUCUAUCCUCUGGAAUGGGCACUGGAUGAUGAAGGUGAUGAAUGUGGUUCAGUUCUGCAACAGCAAACAAAACAGGCUGCAGUGGACGAACAAAACUUUGCUGCCAGCAGUAAUCCAUUCCUUGAUAUUCCCAAUGCUACCACCGCUGUCGAGUACAAGAAGGGCUACGUAAUGCGGAAAUGUUGUGUGGACUCCAAUGGCAAGAAAACUCCAUUUGGUAAGCGAGGGUGGAAGAUGUUCUACUGUACAUUGCGUGAUUUGGUGCUAUACCUGCAUAAAGAUGAGCAUGGCUUCCGGAAAAAUGCAUUGAGUGAUAAUCUACACAAUGCCAUCCGGAUUCAUCAUGCUUUGGCCACAAAAGCAUCUGACUACACCAAGAAACAACAUGUGUUUCGGUUGCAGACAGCAGAUCAAGCAGAAUACCUCUUCCAAACAAGUGACUCAAAGGAACUUCAGUCUUGGAUUGAUACCAUCAACUUUGUGUGUGCAAGUUUCUCAGCCCAGCCUCUUGCUGGCGCCGUUGGUUCACAGCGAAAGUUCCAGAGACCUCUGUUACCUUGUAGCCACACCAAGUUAAACUUGCGAGACCAGUUAUGCGACCAUGAAGAACGAGUUCGAAGUUUGGAGGCUGAACUUGAAGGCCACCGACGACAUCCACCUGAACGUGGUGCCAAGUCGCUCAGUAUUCAAAAUUAUAAGGAGAAGGAUGUGUACCUGCACUACGAAUUAAAGAGGUACAAAACCUAUGCAUAUCUGCUGCGUUCCCGCAUCUCUCAGUACCCGGAACUUGAAGCAUCACUUGCGGAGACUUGCAUCGGUGAGGUGGAUGAGGGUGGUACAGUGACACUAAGGGAGACUGCAGUAGCAGUAGCAGCAGCAGUGGUAGGAGGUGAUGGGGUUGGAAUUAUUUCUCCUGCAGUCCCCGACAGACGUGCCAGUCCCACCACCAAUAGGAAGAAGAGUGAAGAAUAAAAUAUGAAUGCCAUAUCAGUGAUGCAGUCAGCUUGGAUUCAACAAGAAGAUAAGCUGAAGGAA